AUGAUGAAUAACUAUACUUUAAUUAUACCUCCAUUAUAUCCACAUCAUGGAAAUACAAAUAGAGGUAUACAAUGGUUUGAUCAUUUUUAUGAUUUAAAAGAACUUGGCCAAGCUUUGGAUUUUAUAACACUUGAUCAAUUCAUAUCAAAACCUAAGAUCAAUACACAGAAAGUGAUGAUAGAUUGUUACAUACAACAAAUUGAACUCGUAGCAGGAAGAGCAUGGUAUUCAAAGAAUGCAUUAAUAUCAAUACAAAAUUAUUACAAAAUAAAUAUUGAUUUUCAUCGUUCAAUCAAUCUUUCUAGAAAUGUUCAUCCGGGCGAAUUAUUUAAUAAAUCCAAGGAUUGUUCGUCUAUAUUUCUUCAUAUUCAUUAUACAACAUUUCGACAUUUCUUCUUAUUUCCAAAUAUUUAUAUUAAAAAAAUUUUUGAACAUUUAUAUCGUUCUCCAUUAAUUCAACGUAUGGCAUCUCAAUUAAUUAAUCAAAUACCACAAUUAGUCAUCGGAAAAAAUCAUUCUCAAACUAAACUUCGUACAUUAGCUGUUGUUCAUAUGAGAGUAGGAGAUCAUAUCGUCAUGCAUUUAUCUAUGUAUAUUAAACAAAUUUUAUAUUUGGUUAACAAUGGUGUUCGUUUUACACAUCUACAUAUUAUGUGUCCAUAUCUAAAUUCUACUGAUAUUAGACAAUUAACUGAUAGUCUUCCAAUAGUAUUUACUACUUCACAGCAUUUAUUAAAUCAUAUAAAUUUUGUCUUAGAUCGUUAUUUAUUUGAUGUAUUAGAACAAGAAAUAGCUUAUCAAGCUCCAAUUUUUAUUGCAUCCCCAUGGACAACUUAUUCAGCGACAGUUUUGAUGCAAAAAGUAUUUCAAAAGAAAGGAACUGUAUAUGUACUUUCUACAAAAAAAGAUAAUCGUCCAUUACUUGUUACGAAACAAAAUGUGAAAUAUUUCGAACAAUAA